GACCAGGUAUCAGCAAUAUCCAAGCGGUCCAAAUCUACUUUGCACUGCCAGUCGAAAAAGGGCCUUGACGAAAAUAGAGGCAGGGAGAAUGAUAUUGGAGUCUGACGAUGGUGAUGAGUCGGACGAUGGUGAUGAGUCGGACGAUGGUGAUGAGUCGGAUGCGUCAGAGGAUGAAUACCCUUACUUGGUUAUCAGAAAUUCCAGUAAAAAAAGAACCAAGAGAAAGUUUUGGAUACGAGGUUAUUAUAAUAAUCGAAGUAACGUGAUUAUGAGUGAACUAAGAGAAGAUAAAGAUAUUCAUUUUAAAAAUUUUACACGCAUGUCCGAAAAAAAAUUUGAUCGACUUUUGAAAUUGCUUAAACCAAAAAUUACAAAGCAGUCAACCCAGUUACGUGAAGCUAUACCUAGUGAAAUAAAGUUAGCAAUAACGCUAAGGUUUUUAGCUACUGGAGACAGUUUAAUGUCCCUUUCGUUUUUAUUCAAAGUAUCCAAACAACUCAUAUCAGCAAUGCUACCAGAUGUAUUAAAAGCUAUAAUUGAAGUACUCAAGGAUUAUAUUAAGUUACCAACAAACGAGGAGCAAUGGAAAGCGAUUGCGAAUGAUUUUGACAAGCGAUGGAACUUUCCACAUUGUAUUGGCGCCAUGGAUGGAAAACAUGUGGUCAUCCAAAGACCAGAAAAUACAGUGGGCGAAUUUCAUAACUACAAAGGAACACAUAGCAUAGCAUUGUUUGCAAUUGUAGAUGCAAACUAUUGUUUUACAUAUGUUAAUGUUGGUUUUCAGGGUCGUAUUUCGGACGGUGGUGUUUUCAAAUCCACUUCAUUUUAUAGGCAAAUUGAAAAACACGAAUUUAAUUUACCAAAUAGUGAACCACUACGUGGUAGAACCAUGUCAGUACUUUACGUAUUAGUUGCUGAUGAUGCAUAUGCACUAAGUACCUAUACUCUGAAACCAUAUUCAACCGAUUUAAAUGUGGGGUCAUCAAAAAGAGUGUAUAAUUAUAGGUUAUCAAGGCCAAGACGUAUCGUUGAAAAUGCGUUUGGGCUUCUCGCAUCUGUAUUCAGAAUAUUCCGUAAGCCCAUUGAAUUAAAAGUCGACAGUACUGUAAUUGACGUUGUUUUGAGUUGUGUUUAA